AUGAGUCGUGGUUCAGGUGCAGGAUACGAUCGCCACAUUACAAUUUUCUCUCCUGAGGGUAGAUUAUAUCAAGUUGAAUAUGCUUUCAAGGCUAUUUCAAAUAGUGGUAUCACCUCUGUUGGUGUUCGUGGUCGUGAUGGAUGUGUCAUUGUUACCCAAAGAAAAGUGCCUGACAAGUUGCUGGAUCCCUCUACUAUCACUCAUGUCUUCAAGUUGACUCCCAAGAUUGGUUGUGUUAUGACUGGCAUGAUUGCUGAUGCUCGUGCUCAAGUUACAAAGGCUCGUCAAGAAGCUGCCGAGUUCCGUUACAAGUACGGUUACGAAAUCCCUACUGACAUGCUUGCCAAGCGUGUUGCAAACAUCAACCAAGUCUAUACACAACAAGCCGCUAUGAGACCCUAUGGUGUUUCAAUGAUUUUGAUCGGUUAUGAUGACGAAUUAGGACCUCAGUUAUACAAGUGCGACCCUGCUGGAUAUUAUGUCGGUUAUAAAGCAACUUCAGCCGGUGCCAAACAACAAGAAUCUUUGAAUCAUUUGGAAAAGAAGUUGAAGAAGAAUCCCGAGUUGAACAUGGAAGAUACCAUUGAGCUUGCUAUCACAACGUUAUCCACCGUGUUGGCAGUAGAUUUUAAAGCAACCGAAAUCGAAGUUGGUGUUGUUCAUAAGGAUGAUACUGAUUUCCGCACAUUAUCCACUGAGGAGAUUGAGGAUCAUUUACAAAGAAUUGUCGAAAAGGAUUAA